AUUUUGCAUACUUUGCUGUAGAUCAGCGGAGACCUGGGGACAUUGGCAACUGGAUGAUUAACAACCGAUGACAAUCGACGUUUGGCUUGACAUUAGCAAUCAUGUUGCCCGAACUGACAGCAGGUGCCCUUGACUUAAUAAUGAACGGUACGGAGGUUGAAAAUCCAGUCUUUCAGAUCUUGGGUCACAAGAGACUCGCUAGCUCAUCCACUGGAGAAAGAUACAGGCUGCUUGUGUCCGAUGGAGUAAAAUCAAACUCCUUUACUAUGCUGGCGACCCAGCUCAACAACCUUAUCACUGACAAUAUCCUGUCCGAGCAUUCAAUUGUUCGCAUCAACCGCUACGCACUUAGUAUGGUUAACAAUGGUGGUACUCAGAGACGUGUGAUGGUAAUCCUAAACAUUGAAGUAUUGGUUCCGGGCAAUGAAGUCGGAGUUGUUUUGGGUGACGUCAAUUCAGAAAAUGCAAAAUCGGAAGAAGUGGCUAAUCAUGCGGCUAAUAAGCCUAACGUCGUGUCACAGAAGCCUGCUGCUCCAGCUCCAGCACCAAAGCCAACUCAAAACAAUAAUUUAAAUGAUUCAAUAUCAAGUGGCAUCAAUACAACUCCCAUUAUUGCUUUAAGUCCUUAUCAAAACAGGUGGGUCAUUAAGGCUCGCGUUGCCAUUAAAUCACCUAUAAGAACCUGGUCAAACUCUCGUGGGGAAGGGAAAUUGUUUAGUAUGGAUUUACUGGAUGAAAGCGGCGAAAUUAGAUGUACAGCGUUUCGCGAACAGUGCGAUCAAUUUUAUGAUAUGAUUGAGAUUGGAGAAGUUUACUACAUCUCACGCUGUAUGCUGAAGCCUGCCAAUAAACAAUUUAAUAAUUUGAAAAAUGAUUAUGAAAUGACUUUGACAAAUGAUUCAGAAGUUAUCGUGUGUAACGAAGAAAACGAGAAAAUUCCAAAUUUACAGUUCAACUUCAUGCCAAUAAGCGUUAUAGAAACAACACCGAAAGAUGAGCUGCUUGAUGUUUUGGGAAUUGUCAAGAGUUUCAGUGACGUACAAAAUUUAAUUGCAAGAACAACCGGUCGUGAACUUAAAAAAAGAGAUGUCAAUAUUGUAGAUGAAAGUAAUAACAUGGUGAGUGUAACCCUGUGGGGUCAGCAAGCAGUUGACUGUGAUUGGUCUACAAAUUCCGUUAUAGCAAUCAAAGGGGCAAAAAUUGGCGAGUACCAAGGGGGUAAAAACUUAUCUUUGGUAGCUUCAUCCAUGCUACAAGUCGAUCCAGACAUACCUCAAGCUCACAAAUUACGCGGAUGGUUUAGGACUGUGGGCGCUAACACAGAAUCUAGGUCGUUAUCCACGACAAAUGCUUCAAGCGGUAUGAACGUACAAUGGGUAACAUUUCAAGAAGCUGAUGAGAAUAAAUUCGGUCAUCAGGACCACCCGAGUUAUUUCAUUUGCAAGGCAACGGUCAAUCUCAUCAGAUCCGAAAAUGUAUUGUACAAGGCAUGCCCUUCAGAAGGCUGUAGAAAGAAGGUUGUUGAUCAAAGCAAUGGAAUGUACAAGUGUGAAAAGUGUCAAAGGGAGUUUCCUAACUUUAUUUAUCGCUUAGUGGCCACCGCGAAUUUGGUGGACUGGACAGGCAAUGAGUGGGCUACUGCAUUCAACGAAGAUGCAGAAAUUUUAAUGAAAGCUUCUGCACAAGAGUUAGGAGAGUUAAAUGAAAAACAUAAAGAUACAUUUUUGGAAAAAAUUGGAGCGGCUGCAUUCAAAUCAUACAUCUUUAAAUUACGUUAUAGGAUGGAAAAUUUUAAUGAUGAAAACAAGUUGAAAGCAACGAUCGUUAAUAUCCAACCAAUAAAUUAUAAGGAGUACACUGAACAUCUACUGAAUAAAAUUCAAGAGUUGGCGGAUAUAAAAAAAUAAAGUUAUAAUCGUUACAGUGUAAGUUAAAUUUUUUUUUUAUGUACUAAUUAUAGUUAAGCAUCUCAUUUCUAGUUUCGU